CAUGAAAGUAAUUCCGCUACAUUUGAUUGACGUAUGAAAUACGUGCGUUUUUCUUGAUUUAUCAAUUAUGAUUCACCGCCUCACUUCCUACAUUUGAAGAAACUACCGAUACCUCGCACACUGGGCACAUGGUCCGGCCGGAGUGUAUGCCCGUUAACAAUAACCGUUCAUUAAGGAACUAAUGGUGCGAUAUUAAAAAAGCUGAACAUUAUAUUUCGUAGUUAGUUUUUGCCAUGAAAUCACGAUGUACCAACGGAUUCGUGCAGUGGAUACAAAUUCAGCGGAUUACACGUUGAUUCCCUCGCAUUGUUAAUACGUGUUUACUGAGUAUAUGUAGUAAGUGACUUCUUACGCGGAAUUUCUUAAUGAGAUAUUGUGUACAUGUGUAAAAAAAACACAGAAAUAUUGGGUAUGUUUACAUAAUACAACCCGAAACUAAAAUCUUUACUUGUUAAAAAGACUGGAAAUAGAGUGCGCCGCGCUUGAGAAUCGAAGGCGGCAGUGUUUGUACUUCCUUUUUGAGGCACGUGCGUUAUAGAGAAGACAAUCCGUUAUUAUUUAGGCGACCCGUUCCAUGCAGUCUGCCAUCAUAUGUAACAUAGAAGGUAAAUUUAUAAAGAGACGUGAUCAUAUCUACUUCCCGUCGUACUAUCCAACCGGCGCGUGUGCCCAGUCCGUGUGUGUGACGUCAUGCAGUGUUGCGAGGAGGCGGAGCGAGUGUGUCGCUGGGAGAGGCUCGCGUUUGAGUACGAGAACCCGUCAGAGCACGUCACUCCACAGUGGCCUGUAAACCAGAAGGUCUACGUGAUCUACCGGGUGUUGGUCGCACUGGGGUUCCUCGCUUGGCUCAUUGCUGACGUCAUCUACGAGACCCGAACCUUCUUCCGCGAGCACACGUACACAUACCUGAUCUACGCGACCAACUGGAGCUUCAUGCUGUUGACCUUGACCUCGUUGCUAAUGGCAAUCUGCGUCCUCUACUACUCCAUCCGGUCUGGGGAGUGUCUCGACAGUCAGACGUUCGAGCGGAUGCCCCGUGCGCUGAAAGUGCAGUGGCUCCUGCAGAACAUCAGCUACAACUCCGCUAUGGUGGUCACCGUCUCCUACUGGUCUUACAUCGGCGUCCUCGACAAGUCCGAGGUUUUUAAAUCCACCUCCAGUGAAGUCAAACACACAUUGAACACAGUGUACGUCAUUUUGGAUGUGCUCAUUUCCGGGUCGCCUUUCCGCAUUCUACACCUGCUCUACACGGUUGGCCUAGGAUCCGUGUACUCGCUGUUCAAUGCCGUCUACUUCCUCAACGACGGCACAAUUUUAGAGGGCCGCCAUUACGCCUACAAUCUCCUGGAUUGGGGAAAACCCAGCGAAGCGAUCGUUACCUGCGUUCUAUGCGUAGUUUUAUGCGUGUUCGCGCAAAUAGUACUCUAUGAGUUAUAUAGGAUACGAUUUUUUAUUUAUAAAUGUAUUUACUUCGGCUCUGACAGCAUUACAAAGUCGGACUCGGAAAUGCAGCGGAUAAUGGCGGCCGAGACAGACACGCCGGCGUAUCAAACUAUAGAAGAGCGAGGGGAUCGCACUCUGUCAGAGAUUUCAGAGGAAUGACGGUACAUCAACGCGAUACAUUAAAAUGGCCAAGAAAUUGUUAACGUCUGCUUAGAGAAUUGUUUAGUGAGAAAAUAUCUUGUUUUAAUGUUUGAUAUAUUUUUUAUAUUAAGUAAUUUUAACAUUAGUUAUAAGUCAUUAUUUAUUAUGUAUUAUUAUUAUUAUUAUUAUUAUUAUUAUUAUUAUAGUUAAUUAUUAAUUAAAUCAUUAAACAGUACAGUAGAUUUAUACUGUCAUGUGCAUAUGUUAUUCUUUAUCCAAAGUCAUAAUUAGUGGGCUAUUUUUCUUUAUUUGUACUGAGAAUGGUUGAGUGGCUGAUUCCAACAAUA